AUGCUUUUCGUCCUGCCUUUAACACUUGCUUCCUCUCUUAUGCUCUUUUCAACUUGUAUCUUUGUCUUUCCCCUCCUUUUGUAUUCUUGCUAUCUCUUUUCUACUCUUUUCCUCGUUUACUUCCGCUUAAGUCCUUUUUUUCAUUCUUGCUAUCCUUUUCGUCCUCUCUUUCACACUUGCUACCCCUCUUAUGCUGUUUUCAAUUCGUAUCUUUGUCUUUCCUCUUUGGAAAUCUUGUUUUUUCUUUUCUACUCUUUUUCUUUUCGUUUACUACCACUUUUGUCCUCUUUUUCAUUCUUGCUAUCCUUUUUAUCUUCUAUUGAAAUCUCGCUCUAUGUCUCGUUGUUUCUCUCCUUCUCCUCUUUCUUCAAUCUAUCUAUCUAUCUAUCUAUCUAUCUAUAUCUAUCUAUCUAUCUAUCUAUCACCGACUUUUCAUUAUCUAUCUAUCUAUCGAUCGAUCGAUCGAUCGAUCUAUCUAUCUAUCAAUCUUUUCAUUAUCUAUCUAUCGAUAUAUAA